AAAUAAACGCGAGCUUUCGCCCACACUGGCCACUGGCUCAUACUUCUUCUUGCAGUGUUUGCCAUGGUCGACUACCAGCUCUCAAACUCGGGAGAACCCAAUGCAACCACGCCCAUUGCGGCCAUGGAUCAAGUAGGCCGGAACCCUCUCCUCCUCUUCGGUCCGGCCGACGACAGCAAGAACGCCAUCAUCCCCUGGCGCCAGAGCAAACAAAUCCCGGAUUCCUUCGUCUGGCCCCACGCCGACACGCACCCGCCGUCGUCGUCCACAACAACCACGACAGAGCUGCUAGACGUCCCCGUGGUGGACCUCGCCGCGGCGCUCCGUGACGCGGCCGGGAUGCGGGACGCCGCGGCGCAGGCCGCGGCGGCGUGCGCGAGCCACGGCUUCUUCCUGGUGACCGGGCACGGCGUGGAUCCGGCGCUGGCGCGCGCCGCGCUCGACGGCGCCGCGGGCUUCUUCCGCCUGCCGCUCGCCACCAAGCAGCGCGCGCGCCGCGUCACCGGGUCCGUGGCCGGGUACGCCGCCGCUCACGCCGACCGCUUCGCCGCCAACCUCCCAUGGAAGGAGACUCUCUCCUUCCGACACCACCACGACGACGACGACCGCGACGCCGUCCUCGACUACUUCACCUCCACCCUAGGCGAUGACUUCAAACCCUUAGGGGAGGUGUACCAAGAGUACUGCGGGGCGAUGGAGGCGGCGUCGCUGGCGAUAAUGGAGGUGCUGGGGGUGAGCCUGGGCGUGGGGAGAGGGCACUACAGGGACUUCUUCGCGGACGGCAGCUCCGUGAUGAGGUGCAACUACUACCCACCGUGCCCGGAGCCGGACAGGACUCUGGGGACGGGGCCGCACUGCGACCCGUCGGCGCUCACCCUCCUGAUGCAGGACGGCGGGGUGGACGGGCUCCAGGUGCUCGUCGACGGCGGAUGGAGGCCCGUGAGGCCCAAGCCCGACGAGCUCGUCGUCAACAUCGGGGACACGUUCAUGGCGCUGUCGAACGGGCGGUACAAGAGCUGCCUCCACCGCGCGGUGGUGCACCGGGAGCGGGAGCGGCGGUCGCUGGCCUACUUCCUCUGCCCGCGCAAGGACCGCGUCGUGCGCCCGCCGCCGUCGACGACGGCGCCGGCGCCGCGGCUCUACCCGGACUUCACGUGGGCCGACCUCAGCCGGUUCACGCAGCGGCACUACCGCGCCGACGCCCGCACGCUCGACGCAUUCGCGCGCUGGCUCGGCCCAGCCAAGGCCCAAGAAAUCGUCUAGUUAAGUUAUGUACGUAUGUCCUGUACUAUUUCAGGUCUGCUGUUGUUUAUCGUAGGAUUGUAUCUUGGUGCUGUGUAUACAUAAGCACUAAGCAGCUAUACGUAAGUACACUAGUUAAGUGUCCGUGCGUUGCAACGGAACAAAAAAAUGAUACAUGCGAGACUCAAGUACACGUCAUUUUCAUGUCGAAGAUGUUUAUCAACAUUGUUUUCUCGACAGAUUGUCAAGUCCUACAAAGGGCACUAUCUACGUCGGAUUAUGAUGCGGCGCCGCUGGGAGCGAUGUUCAAUUGUUCAGAGAAGCCAAGUA